AAGACCUGAAGCCGAACUGCCGAAGACUCUACCAACCGUCAAUUAACAGCCGUCACAACAACUCCACUCUCAACUUCCCCACAAAACAAACCGAAAUUACAGGGAAAAAAAAAAGAAAAAAAGGAACCUUCAAUUCAAACCAUCUUGAAAUUCCACCUCACUAUUGGUGAAAAUCUGCAAAAACCGCCGAUUCUCGCAAAGGGUUUCUGCGUUUUGAAGUUUUGAUCAAGCAAAAUUUUGGGGGAAAAUGAGUGAUUUCAGUGGAACGGAGGAGAGAGAUUAUGUUUCCCUGCGGAAUCUCAAAGUGGAUUUCAGAAGAGAAGACGAUGGGGAAGUGGGAGAUGGAUGUUUUGCGCUCUGUUUCUGGAUUUACAUUGAUCAUUGUGCUUCUUUCCCCUCUUCAGUUCUGAUUCAGAAGCAUCCAGAUGUCGCUUGUAAUCCGCCUUUUUUGUACUUGGACGACAAGAAGAAAAUGAAGCUCUUUCCGCUGCUGUGUAUGUACAAAGAGGCUCUAAAUCCCGAAAAUCCUAUUCCCUUGACUGAUGUUCCAUGUAUCUCCACGGAGACUGAGUUCCCUAUGAAGAAAUGGGUUCACGUUGGAUGUGAGGUCUCGAGGGAUCUUAUGAGGCUUCAUGUAGAUGGGGAAAUUGUCGGAGUCAAUCCUUUGACCUGCUCAAUUAACAAGGACUUGCAUGAAGAGGGUUUGAAAAAUAUAUGCUUGGCAUGCCCCGACGAAAAUAAAGAUAAAUUAUAUGGCUAUGUUCAUGGACUUGGUGUCCUGUUCCGUGAACCGUCCAUCAAAAACCACUAUGUCAAGGAUCCUCCGUUACGACUGACAAUUGACCAUUCUAGUGCAUUGGAGAUUGAAGAAGGCAGUGACAGUGUGUGGAGCAUCGUUGGGGGCAAGGCAUCUUGCCGCAGGAUAUUUUCUCUGGACGUUGUGCUAUUGGAUGCAUUUGGUGGUCCAGUGAGCAAAGAACUCGAGGCUGUCGCUUCUCUCCUCUACGCCGACAAUGGUGUCCCUGUUGAGAACACUACUGAUGCGAAAUCUCCCCUUCUUAUCAACUGUGACGGUAUUGAAUAUGCUUCUCAUGAGAGACCGUGCAAACUGAUCAACGGGCGUGCCUCUUUUAAGCUCAAGAUAUCGCAGCUUUCUUCAAAGUGUGACAACAGGCUGUUCCAGAUAAAGUUUAACGUUCCAAGAUUGGGAAAUUACCCUUUUCUUGAGACCCUAUCUAUGCCUAUUCGCUGUGUUUCACGCGGCAGGAGUGCACGGACAGCUUCUAUUACGCUGAGAAAGUCAUCCAGUAGAACUUACUAUGGUAAUGGAUGUGAAUCGCCUAGUCCUGAUGAUGGAUCAAUGCAACUUAUCACCAAUAUUGUUCGUGAAGCCAAACCAAGUCCAUCAUCAAAGCGGAUCAAAUUAGGACAAGAUAUGCCGUUUGCGAUGUUCAAAGAAGAAGUUAGGCAAUCCAACAAAGUUCACCACUCUCGUGCUUGGACUGCUAAUCAGGGCAACGCACAUGCAAGGAGUAUGAAGCUGAAACCGGAAGAUCAUUGUGGAACAGAGAACAAUUCAUGUGCUUCUGAUAAUAGCGAAGCAACAAACUCUGACCCGAGAAGUGUGCUCAGUGUUCCGAGUCCGAUCUCAGAUUUAAUAAUAUUCAAGUACUGCCUGGGAGGUCCAGCGGAGAAAUGCCAUCUUCUCAAGGAAAUUGCUAUUCCAGCUACAGAAGAGCAACUAGCCGAUUUUGCAAAUCAGGUUUCCCUGUUCUCCGGUUGCUUACAUCACAGGCAUCAAAUAAAAAUGGCAAAGAGAUUGGUCGAGGAGGGGAUUCAAGUCUGGACAUCAGUAUCAGGGAACAACCACCACGUUCUAUGGGAGAAUCUCGUUUUCAUCAUUAAUGAACAAUUCAUGAAGAUAGCCUGCUCUACUCGUCCUUUAAUGGAACAGGACCUUGAGUGCUUGAGGAGAAUAGCAGGCUGCCGGGAUGUCGUUAUGCAAGAAGAUUUCGAGAGAAUGUGGUCGUGGCUAUUCCCAGUAGCUUUUACCUUGUCACAAAGUGCGGUUAACGCAAUGUGGGAUUCAUUGCCUCCUACAUGGAUCGAGGGGUUUAUCACCAAAGAAGAAGCGGAAUCUACACUUCAGGGCCCAGGAGGUCUUCAAGAUCCCGGAACAUUCCUACUGCGAUUCCCUACGUCCAGGAGCUGGCCCCACCCAGAUGCCGGUAACCUCGUUGUGACUUAUGUUGAAAGCGACUACAUCAUUCGCCACAGGCUUCUCUCCUUUGAUUUCAUUCACAGUUCUCCUUCCAAGGAAACCACACUACAAGACCUACUGCUCCACGAGCCCAAACUCUCACGAUUGGGAAGAGUGGUAAGAAGUGAGUAGAGGCAUUGCUGUGGUGAAGGAAGUGAAGAUUACGAUUUUGCCCCUCGUUUUUGGCUGACGCUUACAGCUUGCUUACUUAUGUGUAUACUGUAUAGACUGCACAAUUUAUACAACUUAUUUAGUUUUUUGUUUACUAAUUAGGUUAGAACAAAUUAACACUCCCAUUUUAUGACUAAAUAUUGGUUAUGUUUUAUGUUUUAUUUACCUCUUUUAUUUUCAACUAAUGAAUGAAUUAUUUAUCAA